AUGACUUCUGUGUCCCCCGAACAGCCAAUUGAUCUUCAAAUCGGUUGGCCCAACCCAGCCCUCCUCCCCGCUCCCGAUCUCCGCCACUCCGCCACGGCUGUGUUCUCCAACCCCUCAAUCGCAAACCCGGCUCUAGCGUAUGGCCCCGAUGAGGGAUAUGAGCCACUUCGCACUCAUAUUGCCGCCUGGCUGACCGAUUUCUACCAACCCCGUGACCCGGUCUCAACCCAGCGCAUUUGCAUCACCGGCGGGGCCAGUCAGAACCUAGCAUGCAUUCUGCAAACCUUCACAGACCCUGUCUACACACGAAAUGUGUGGAUGGUGGUACCGACGUACCACCUAGCUGCGCGCAUCAUAGAGGACGCCGGAUUCGCCGGGCGCCUACGCGGGGUGCCCGAAGAUGACGAAGGGGUCGACAUCGCGGCGCUGGAGAGCGGAUUGCGCGCUGCGGAAGGGACCGCCCAGAUCGCUGGGAAUACAGAGCCGUCCUGGACUGACACUGCCCCUCUUUCCCUGCAGAAAAUGAAACCGCCCAAGCCCUGGCGCAAAAUCUACAAGCAUGUCAUCUAUGCCGUGCCGACUUUUGCGAACCCCUCUGGGAAGAUUAUGUCACUGCGCAGGCGGGAGGCGCUGGUUCGUCUGGCCCGCCAAUAUGACGCCCUCAUCGUCACGGAUGAUGUGUAUGAUUUCCUUCAAUGGUCGCCUGAGCCCGAGGGAAAGAACUUUGCCGGUGACCGCGCAUGCAUGCCGCGCAUCGUCGACGUGGAUCGUUACCUGGAUGGCGGACCCAAGGACGAAUGGGGACACGCAAUCAGCAAUGGCAGUUUUAGCAAGCUGAUCGGGCCCGGGGCCCGCACCGGCUGGGCCGAGGCGUCCGACAAGGUUGCUUAUGGAUUAUCACAAACAGGCUCCUCGCGAUCGGGCGGUGCUCCUUCUCAGCUAUGCGCCGCUAUCAUCGACCAGAUGUUUCCCACGCGCAUUAUACAGACUCACAUCCAUGAUGUGCUCCAACCCAAAUACGCCGAGCGCUACCAUACGCUGCUAUCGGCGAUCCAGGAGCAUCUCGUCCCGCUGGGGGUCACUUUGCCAGCACCCGCUGCCGCCGCCGGAGGCUACUUCAUGUGGAUCGGUCUCCCCGCACCACUAAUUGCAGCCGAGGUCGCUCAACGGGCGGAAAGCGAGGAAAAAUUGCACGUCUCUCCCGGCAACGUCUUCCAGGUUCCAGGAGAUUCACAGCUGGCGGGUGCAUUUGCGGAUCAUCUACGACUUUGCUUUGCAUGGGAAGAUCCACGCCUUUUGAUCGAAGGCGUCCGUAGACUAGCGCGUGUCUUGGCCCGUAUGUCCCAUACCUAG